AAAUUUUAAUAAAAUAAAGCUCUCAAAAAAAAAAAAAUGUGCACCGCUUAAUACAUACAAGAAUUUUCAAUUCGCAUAAGGCUCUAACAUCGUCUUCUACCUUCGUGAUCAGUCUCUGCAAUUCUGAUGGGAGUCCAAGCCCCACCCCUGAGCUUCAGUUCAUCUGUUAGAUCAUUGUUCGUUUCGAUUGUGGCACUUGUCUCCCUCGUCGCAUUCUCUUUCCCCCAGAGCGAUUGAUCUCAUACCUCUGAUCAAUCUGUUUGAUCCAUCUAAUGGCCGGUAAUGGUCCUCCGCCUAAGCCGUGGGAGCAAGCAGGCUCCUCCUCUGGGCCUGCACCUUUUAAACCAUCAUCAGCUGGAAGCACAAGUGAUGUAGUGGAGGCUUCAGGAACUGCUAGACCUGGAGAAAUAGUAUCAAGUACUGAUAAAACCGCCAUAAUUAAUCGAAAUACUCUUGGUAGGCCUGUUCCCUCUAGGCCUUGGGUGCAGAACUAUGGAAGUAACACAUAUGGAGGCUAUGGUUCUACUACGAACUAUAACUCAGGUUAUGGCUCUGGAAUGACUGGCAUAUCUGGAAUGUAUGGUGGUACAUAUGGUGGCAAUGGAGGAUUAUAUGGUGGAGGGAUGAAUGGCAACAGCAUGUAUACCGGAGGAUAUGGUGGGCUUUAUGGUGGAUCUUCUGGGAUGUACGGGGCUGGGUCUUCUGGGAUGUAUGGUGGUGGAAUGUACAAUAGUGGCAUGGGAGGCCCAAUGGGUGGCUAUGGAAUGGGCAUGGGUGGUCCUUAUGGAGGUCAAGAUCCAAAUGAUCCAUAUGGUGGUCCUCCAUCUCCACCAGGGUUUUGGGUUUCAGUACUUCGGGUGAUGCAAGGUGUGGUUAACUUUUUCGGUCGGAUUGCAAUUCUAAUAGACCAGAAUACACAGGCAUUGCAUUUGUUCAUGACUGCUCUUCUUCAGCUUUUUGAUCGCUCUGGUAUGUUGUACGGGGAGCUAGCUAGGUUUGUAUUGAGAAUAUUGGGAAUCAGAACAAAACCCAAGAUGGGGCCUCCACAAGGACCUAAUGGUCUUCCGUCUCCUGGACCCGGCAGUGCCCCUGAAAACCGUAAUUACAUUGAGGGACCAAAGGCUGCUCCUAGUGGUUCCUGGGAGAAUGUUUGGGGAAAUGAUACCAGUAAAUGACAGAGGCAAGACAAAUCAUUGUCAUUUGAUUGACCUGUGAAUCGCUUCUUCCGUUCAGUUAAACAGAAGAAAGAAGAAAACAUCUGCUGACUCCUCAUUCUUAAUGAAAACCUGUGCAAAUAUGAUUGUAGCAUCGAAGUCAUGUAGUCUCUGCAACACAUACCGAAGUCUGAUCAUGGGUUAAAUGGUAAGCUCUGUGUCACUGGAUGAAAUGGUUAAAUGGUUACCCUGGCUACCUCUUUUGUAUCCGUAACACACCGCUGCAAGAAAUGUCUCUUUUAACCCCAAAAUAAUUGUCUGAUCUACUGAAUUUUGUGAUGUCGGGUAUUUUGCUUGCUAUGCUUCGGCAUGAUUAUUGGAUGAGGAAUCUGAGAGAGUUCUAGUA